CCCCGGCCCGCUUCCGGCCUUCGCCGGGCCUGGUUCCGGUGUCCGCCCUCCGGCUCCUCCUGCCCGUUGCCGCUGUCGCCGCGAUGCUGCUAUUGUCCCGGUCCCGCGGUCUGAGCGGGGCGCUCGGGCGCUCGCUCUGCGCCCUGCGGCAGGGGAACUGUAAUCUGGGGAGACGCUCUCUGUCCGGUGUAUCUCGGAGCCAGGGGCUGGCUUACACCAACAGCAGCAAGCUUGUGAUAAACACCUCCAGUGUCUUCUCCGUCCGUUACUUCAGAAUCACAGCAGUGUGCAGGAACGACGUGAUUACAAUUAACACACCGGCAUUUGCAGAAUCAGUCACAGAGGGAGAUGUCAGGUGGGAGAAAGCUGUUGGAGACACAGUGGCAGAGGACGAAGUGGUGUGUGAGAUUGAAACAGACAAGACAUCAAUGCAGGUUCCAUCCCCGGCAGCUGGCGUGAUUGAAGCCCUUCUAGUACCUGAUGGGGGGAAAGUGGAAGGAGGGACCCCUCUGUUCAAACUCAGGAAAAGUGGAGCUGCUCCCGCCAAGGCCAAACCAACAGUGGCCCCUCCUGCAGCAGCCCCUGCACCUGAGCCUGUGGCUGCUGCCGUUGCUCCCCCUGCAGAGCCAAUCCCCACUACGAUGCCUCCAGUGCCCCCUGUGUCAACACAGCCCAUCGAUACCAAACCUGUGUCUGCGGUGAAGCCGACUGCAGCUCCAGUGGCAGCUCCUGCUGUGGAGCCAGGGGCCAGCAAAGGUGCCAGAUCAGAACAUAGGGUGAAAAUGAACAGGAUGCGUCAGCGCAUUGCUCAGCGCCUGAAAGAGGCUCAAAAUACAUGUGCUAUGCUGACCACCUUCAAUGAGAUUGAUAUGAGUAACAUCCAGGAGAUGAGAGCCCGGCACAGAGACUCCUUCCAGAAGAAGCACAACCUGAAACUGGGCUUUAUGUCAGCCUUUGUGAAAGCUGCAGCCUUUGCCUUGCAGGAGCAGCCCAUGGUGAAUGCGGUGAUUGAUGACACAACCAAAGAGAUGGUGUACAGGGACUAUGUGGAUAUCAGUGUUGCAGUGGCAACUCCCAGGGGUCUCGUGGUCCCUGUCAUCAGGAAUGUAGAAACUAUGAACUUUGCUGACAUUGAGCGAACCAUCAGCGAGCUAGGGGAGAAGGCCCGAAAGAAUGAGCUGGCCAUUGAGGACAUGGAUGGGGGCACCUUCACAAUCAGCAAUGGAGGGGUCUUUGGGUCCCUCUUUGGGACACCCAUCAUCAACCCUCCCCAGUCUGCCAUACUGGGCAUGCAUGGCAUCUUUGACAGGCCUGUUGCCGUUGGAGGCAAAGUCGAGGUGCGGCCCAUGAUGUAUGUGGCGCUGACGUACGAUCACCGGCUGAUUGAUGGCAGAGAGGCAGUGACUUUCCUGCGCAAGAUCAAGGCCGUGGUGGAGGAUCCCCGUGUGAUGCUGCUGGACCUCUAGAGCACAGCCUCAACACCAUACAACCCAACCAGGGCAGGGACGCAGCACCAGCAGGGGCAAUAUAGGGCAUUCAGGAACCAGCGGGAGUUCAUUCCAGUCUCCUCCCCUCCCCUGUGUCAGGAGAGGUCUUGGAGGGAACUCUGGGGUUAGCUCCUACCUCCUUCCCUGCGCGCGCUCUCUCUCUCUCUCUCUAGAGAGAGAGAGAGAGAGAGAGAGAGAGAGAGAUGGUUCAGUUUCUCCCUUGGGCUGUUAUCCACUGGGCAAACUACCAAAUGGCAUGGGCUCUCCAGAACCACCUAUGUAGCCUCUUUCUCGCCUUCCCCUCAUUCCCAAGGCACUUGCACGCGCCUCACCUCCAGCAAAAGCUGCCUGCUACUGCGCUAGGGUGCCCUUCCCCAGCGGCUCCUGUGCCAGUUCAAGUCUACUUCCAGCACUGGGAGGGAGGGAAAGGCUCUUGUGUGUCGCUACCAUUUGAAAACACCCCAUUCUCAUCCACCCCGCAAAGCCAGCCUGGGAUCCCCGGGGUGACUUUGUAGCAGUGUUUGAUGGCACUCCUGCACUCCCCCCUGUUCUGGUGAUUGCAGAGGCAUGGACACUGGAAGGGCUGUCUGUCUCCCCUGCUAUCUCCUGUGCCUCAAACUAGCAGCUGAGGUGCAUCCAUUAGAAUUCAUUCCUUCCCUUUCCAGACAGGAAGGCAAAAAUAGCCACUCCCACCCUCUUUUGUGUUGAGGUUUGGUUAAUUUUCUCUGGCCUGGUCUACAUGGUGUGAAUGUCUGGCAGGGCAGGGUCAGCUCCAUUCCCUGCUGGGCCUUAGGGGGCCACCCCUGGGCUUAGGCCACUACCUGCCAGCAGUUAGGAUAAGAAACAACCACCACCCCCCCCCCCGCAGCUGCCCUUGAAUUACAGCCCAGUGUUGAUGGGUGAAACCAUCAGCUUCCUGUCUGCAAUGGCUUGGCCUGCCCCCUGCUGUGUGACAGCUGGGCAAAGGGCCUCUGCAUCCUAGCCCCAGGCUACUGGUGUGUGGGGGCAUAUCCUUAGUACAUAGCGUGCACGUGUAGCGGUGAGCGAGGGGCACUUGGAGUCCCUGCCAGGUCUAUUCUCACCCUCUACACAACUUUGUAAUUAAAGUAUUUAACGCAAUGAGUUUUAAAGACAUAAACCAGGGAAAUGAUCUAAUGGUGGGGUGUAUCGGGGUGGGAAAGGGGAGCAGGAGUGUGUACGUGCUGGUGCUGGGUUUUGAAUGUGUGUCCCUGACUUGAUGCAAGAAACUAGCUGGAAGCACCAUGAGAAGAGUAGUCCCCACAGAGAGGAAUCUCGUGCUGCACCAGGGCAUUUGCCACCAGCGUGAUGAUGGAAGUUGAGGCAAGAUUUUUCUGACUGCAUUCUCUGCACCAGGUCCCUCUCAUGGCCUUUUUUUUCAAGGGAAUAAAUUCAUUAACUCUG